AUGGCAGUCCCAUUUGAUCAGCAAUUCUUUGUUGAAAGAGAAAGAAACGACAAAUACGAAUGGCUUAUAUUUAUUCUCACACUCAUCAUACUAGGCAUACAUGGACUACUAUUCCAUUGGAUUCCUCGCUAUUUCCGGUUGAAAAGACAAAGUGCUGGACUUACACACCACAAAUACUUUGCGUUUGUCAAACAGUGGGAGAGCUUCACAUCUUGUAAACACUUCACAUUAUUCAAACAUCGAUUCUACUAUCAACCAAGUUUAGUCUUGUUUUGUGUUGUUUUUGUGGGCGUCAAUGUUGGUCUAUGCUUUGCCGAAAUUAGGGAUCUUGAUUAUCAAGGUUUCUUGUACGCCAUUUCCAAGAGGAUAUCCCGUAUUGGUAUUGGUAACUUGCCCAUCUUGUUGUUUUCAGUCAUGAAGCAUGAUGUACUUACCCAACUCUCAGGAUUCCAAUUUGAUAGGUUGGAGUUUUUACAUAAAUGGUUAAGUAGAUGGAUGUGGGCCAUGAUUACGGUACACUUGUCAUUAGCUUGUUACUACUGGUUAACCAACAAUUUCUUGAUUAUGAUUAUUAUUCCACCACAAAUAUUUGGAUUCAUGGCAUAUGGAAGUUUGUUUUUGUUGACUUGGACAAGUAUGAAGUUUAUUCGUCAAUGGUGUUAUGAGUUCUGGUUGGUUCAACAUAGAGUGUUUGCAUUCAUUAUGUUGUUUAUGUCAUUUAUUCACAAUAGUGGUAACCGUGCCGCAGUCUUGGUUUCCGUCCAUGGAUUGGUCAUUGAUCGUGUCUUAAGUAAAGUCUUGGCUCAUAUUCAUAAACACUAUUCACCAACCAAAUGCAGAAGUACAUUUAGAAUUUUGGAUUCGGGAACAGUUGAAGUGACUGUACCGGUUAGAGAAGAAGGAUAUGUUGCUAAUAAAUGGUAUAAUAAAGUCCUUGGAUAUAAAGAUUGGAAAGCAGGUCAACACGUGUAUUUGAAUGUACCCAAAAUCAAAUGGCUUGAGUAUCAUCCAUUUACCAUUGCCAGUUUGGCUUCAUCAAAUGAAAUGAAGUUGUUGAUCAGAGUGCAAAAGGGAUUCACUAGGAAGUUAAUGAGACAUUUGGCAGAUAUUGAUCAUGACGAACAUGAAGAUGAUUUGGUUAGCAUCAAAACCAUGUUCCAUGGCCCAUAUGGUGCAGUUCACCAACCAUUCAUAUCAUUUGAUCACUGUGUAUUCUUUGGUGCUGGUUCAGGUGCUGCAUUCACAUUCCCCGUUUGUUUGGAUCUUCUUCAACAAAUUCAAGCCAAGGAUGAAAUGCAAGACUUUUUAUUCCGUCCAGUUGCACCAAAAAUUAGAUUUGUUUGGGCAAUAAAGCAUUUGAAAAACAUUAUUUGGUUUAAACACAUUUUCGAUCAAUUGACAAUAUACUCUGCUAGUAACAAGUUGAUUAUUGAUAUUUAUGUUACUCAAGAAAAUGGUGCUGGUCAAAGUGGUGGUGGUAGUAGCGGAAGCAGUUGCAACUCCAUUGAAGAAUGUCAAAUUGAAAGCGAACCAAAGUUAGAGCAAUCAUCAACGAGCGAUGCAGGAUCAUUUGAAUUAACUUCAAUUGGACUGAAUCUGAAGUUGCUAAACAAAAAUCAAAUCUAUGGUGAAGACAACAAGAAUCAAUACGUUGACAAGGACCAAACGGUUAUAACUACAUCCACUACAUUAACAAAUGCAGGAGAAAGUUCACACAGUCAAAACAAACGAAAAUCAGAUACGGUUGAAGUCGAAUAUGACCUUACGACCAAGAGUUCAAUAUACAACGUCUACUAUGGACGUCCUGAUAUUGGAGCCAUAAUACAAUCACAUACGCAUGAACUUUCACAUCAAAUGACAAACAGUAGUUCAUACAAGUCGUUGGCGGUUGCUUCUUGUGGUCCACCAUACUUCACCAACUUGAUCAAAGAACAGUGUCAAGUGGCUAGACGGAAAAACGGAUCUCCAGAUGUUUAUUGUUAUACGGAAUCGUUUUAA